AAUUAGGAGAAGCUAGAAUGUUUGUUAUUAUGUAUGACUGAAGGAUAAAAACCCUUUGAAAGGUUUCUCAGUGGAUCAAAAGAGCAUUUUUGGGCAACGUCAUUAUUGUUACGCUCGAAGCUCGUGUUAUUCUUGGGAAAGGACCUCCUAUUCCACUUAUUCGUUCAUUCCUUUCUCACUAGGUGUCACCUGCUACGACUCGGUGACAUGGCUGACGAUGGGCUUGCGACUCUUCCGUUUGACCCACGAUUUCCCAACCAGAACCAGACAAGGCAUUGUUACGUGAGUUACGUGGACUUCUAUCGUUGCACGAAGAUGAAGGGCGAGGGCUACGACGCCUGCAAUUAUUUCAAGAAAGCGUUCGAGUCGCUGUGUCCCAAGUCGUGGAUCGAGCAUUGGGACACUCAGAGAGCCGAGAACCGAUUCCCUGGGCCGCUCUGAUUGCCACCUGCGGUUAAUUCUGAUUAAUCCCCCCUUUCUAUUGAUUAGCGCCCGCGAGUCUCGAUUCAGUUUCUUCUUCUUUAUUGGCUCGGGUAAUCAAUGGAAUGAUCCCGAACGGGUCGUCGGCGUUCCUUUCUGUUUCUGCGUGUUGAUGUACGCGAAGGCAUUCAGGGGCUUUUAAUGGAUCGGGGCAAGUCGAUUGCCUCGUCGGAAUGCUGAUGAGGCAAAAAAAAGAGAGAUAAAAUAAAUAAUAAAAAUGAGCACCGACGACGAGUUAUUAUGACGCAUGCUUUAUUGUGGUCAUUACAUCUUCAUGUAUCUUCUUGAAGUCUACAUUUUUUUCUUUAGACAAUAAACAAUGUUUUUGUAUUAUGCUGGUGAACGAGUAUUAUA